AUGGCAACAUCACGAAUAAGUAGCAAUACAAAUUUACCAUCUAAUACACGUGAACAACGUCAAGCACAGGCACGUAUACGUGCUCUUCAACGACGAACUAAUACUUUAUAUGAAGAUUUAUCUCGUUCAUCAGUUGUUACUCAAACAGCAGUUGAUGAUUAUAGACAAGUUUAUAUGACAAUAACAAAUGAAUUUCAAGAACAACGUAUUCAACUUUUACAUCGUCUUCCUGAACUUGAUCAUGUACAUAAAAAUUUAAAUACUGUUCAAUCACAUCAUAUACCACAAAAUUUAUCUAAACAAUCAUCAUCUGAUUUGGAAAUUUCUCAAAUGAAUGAUAUGAUUGAUGAUAUUGAUCGUGUACUUAAUAAGAUAGCUCAAAAACUUAAACCAUUUCAUUUUAUAUCACCAAAUGAUGGAACUACGAAUCGUAAAGGAUCAAAAGCAACAUCCUUAGAAUUUCAAAAUAAUCAACAUGGUUCAACAAAUGAACUAUGUAUUUCUAGACUGUAUAGUGUGGAUGUAGACAUAACACCACAAUGGGCUGUAUCAACAAUAGAUAAACGAAUAUUUUUUUGUGAUAUCGAUGGUGAAAUACGUAUAUUUUCAUAUUCACGUUCUUUUCAUCGGCAACCUCUAUGUACCGAACAUUUCCAUUUAACUAUUACAAAUUUUGUGUCAUCAUUUACCGCUACACAAGAGUAUUUAGUUGCAUUUGAAGCUGCUAUACAAACUUUAACAUUACAUACACAUCAUGGAGGAAUACUUUUACGUUUAUCUUUUCCAUAUGAUAUAAUAAUGAUGGCUCGUAAUGAUUAUGAUACAAAAAAUCAAAUAUGGGCAUGUAGUCGUACAAAACAUAAAUGUUAUCAAUUUCUUUUAGAACAUACAAUAAAAGAAGUGAAUAUCUUAGAUGAAUAUGAUUUUACACAACCCAUAUCAAAUAUUUUCAUUGAUCCAAUUGGUAUAUCAACGGAUGAACAAAAUCGAGUUGCUGUUCAUGAUAUAAAUUCAACAACAAUGGAUCGUUUAUUACUUUUUACUAAUCAACAAAUAAUGACAAUAACACUUGAUUUUGUAAAAUAUCUUGAUAGUCUAUCCACAUCACGUAUUGAACAAGUUUUAUUAGUACCAAAACAUGAAAAUAUAAUUGUUAUUGUUUACGCUUCAAAAAUUUCAAUAACAAAUUUACGUGAAAUUAUUGUUGUUGAUAUAAGUUUACGACCCGCACAAAUACUUCAUCGUUUAUCUGAAGCUCAUGGUAUACAAGCUGUAGAUGUUACAUUAAAUGGUGAAUUAGUUUAUACAGUUCCAGCACAAAAACAUAGACGAAUACCAACAAGAAUGAAUGUUUAUAGUUUAUUCAAAUAA